CGUGCUUGCCUGAAUUUGUAUAUUCUUGUUUAUAUUUCCUCGUCUACUUUAAGCGUGUUUUUUAAGCGUAUUCGUUGAUUGUAAGCGGCUACUUAACAGUUGUUGGGAUACUAUGUUUGUUGCAUCUAGAAAAGCCGGACUUCACAAAAUCUUAGGUAUCCGCAGGCUGAUACAUUGUAUGCAAUGGCAGAUGUCAUCCUCACAGACAGCAGGUGAUACUACACAUUUAAUGCAACAUCUCUCUAGACGCAUACAAGCUGCAGGACCGUUGACUGUAGCUAGUUACAUGCAGGAAGUACUCACGAAUCCUGUGUCGGGUUACUACAUGCAUAAAGAUGUCUUUGGACAAAAAGGAGAUUUCAUCACAUCUCCUGAAAUCAGUCAGGUUUUUGGUGAGUUGGUAGCUGUCUGGUGUAUCCAUGAGUGGCUGAGGGUCGGCCACCCCGAUCAGACGUUGAAUCUUGUAGAGCUCGGACCAGGCCGUGGCACGCUGGCUGCAGACAUACUGAGGGUGAUCGCACAGUUUGCCGAUUUACGCGACCGUACGUCGCUACAUCUUGUCGAAGUCAGUCCAAAACUGAGCGAAAUGCAGGCAGAGAAGCUGUGUGAAAACACCAACGUGAAACGGGAUGCCUCCAGCGAGCGCGGUCGUCCCGGCAACGAAAAGCUGUGUGAAGACAUCAACGUGAAACGCGAUGCCUCCAGCGAGAGCGGUCGUCCCGGCAACGAAAACACGUCUCCUGCUUCAGCUUCAGCACUGCCGUCAGACGCAGACGUGACUGGGAGAUAUAGGAUGGGACUGAGUAAGAGUGGGGUCCCUGUGCAUUGGUAUCGCUCGAUCAACGACCUGCCUUGCAUGCCAGCGGUCUAUGUGGCACAUGAGUUCUUCGAUGCUCUACCCAUACACAAGUUUCAGAGAACUGGAGCAGGCUGGCGAGAGAUAAUGGUGGACAUUGAUAGUUCUAUUUCUAAUGCACUCAUGCCCAGCCUCCGCUUUGUUCUGGCACCGUCUGUCACACCAGCCACUGUACUGAUCAAUAAACUAGAGACCCGAGACCAUGUCGAGAUCUGCCCAGAGGGAGGUGUUAUAGCACAGUCGCUGGCAAUGAGAAUAACUGAAGACGGUGGAUGUGCCCUGAUUAUCGACUAUGGCCACAAUGGUACGAACACAGACACUUUCCGAGGAUUCCGGAGUCACAAGCUACAUGACGUGCUGUGUGAACCUGGCACAGCCGAUCUCACAGCCGAUGUUGACUUUGCCUAUCUGAGACAACAGGCCGGUGACGACGUGGCAAUAUUCGGCCCAAUUCCUCAGCAGUCCUUUCUUACAAACAUGGCGAUAGAUGUGAGGUUCAAGAAGCUGCUGAUGAAUAGUCCUGCCGAGAAUCACAAUGACCUGAUUAGCGGCUAUGACAUGAUAAUGAAUCCACAGAAGAUGGGAGACAGGUUCAAGUUCUUCACGAUAAUGUCGAGACGAGUGUAUGCAGCUGAUGCGCCACAGGAAAAGCCUGCAGGCUUUGUACCGGCGUUAUGAAACGCAGUCGUUUAGGUCAUGCCAUAUAGGAAUCAAUGAUGCAAAUUACAAUAUUAAAAUCAAUUUUGUGAUAGCACUGUAUCAGACUUCUACCCAAUCCUUUUCAAGUCGUGUCGCAUCCCACAUGCCAUCAAGGCUGGAACUAAUUCACGACAUCCUAUCAAUCUCCGACAUGCUUUAAUUGCCUAAACAACACGCCUUAUUUUCCUACUGUUUACAUUUGACAAUCGCAACACAG